GGGUGACACUGUAAAUGAUAGGCCUCAAGUCGCUGCGACAUCUAGCACCCAGAUGGCGAAAAUUCGGAAAUCAUUUCAUCUUCUCGUAAAGUCCAUAUUCAUUUGCGUUUGCAGAUCGAUUGCACAAAAUGCAGUGUGUUCAACGCCCGUGCAGCGGGAACCCCCCGACGAGGUUUACAUUGACAGGUGCAGAUACACCGUCCUUGCUAUGAUAGAGUCAAAAUCAGCAAACAAUGUCUAUAGUCGCUUGGCGCCAGGAUUUCCAUCCCUUCUAUGGGUGAGGCUGCUCGCUUGCGUCCUCCAGCUCGUCCUUGCCCUUGCCCUUGUCCCACGACGCUACUGCGCUACUGCUGUUGCUGCUACAGUCCCUGGCUUCUGUUUGUGGUCUUGCAUCUCGCAUCCAAGGGCAGUGCCCGUCCUUAUCUGCUGGUUGAAGACAGAGCGGUCGCUGUUGAUAGGGUAAAUGGCUGCGAAUGACGUUGCAAAUGUUAUGCCUUGCCAUAAUAUCGCGGUGUAUGAAAGUGUCGCAGAUUGAACAGUAUAGCCUAC